AUGUUUGCCGUUCCACAAUUGGAGUUCGAGCCCCUGGAUCACUUCGAAGCAUUUGCCGGAGACUUUGAGGUGACAAAGGAAGGCCGCCGAGCGAUUCCCUUCGAUGUGCGGAUUGACCCUCAAUCCAUGGACUUGCUCUCACCGCAGGGCUUUGCCAACGCACUCCAUGCAGUGUGUUGCCUGAAGCCAGGGUCUGCCGCCCUGGCAGCCCCGGUUUGCAGCACAUUUGUCUUCAUGAUACUUCAUCCCGAAAUCGUUGCCAUGCCUACUAAGCAUCCUAGCACACCACCUCGCACGCGGAUGAGGGCAAAAACCGCUACAAGUGCAUCCCGUGACAAAAGGCCAUCGGCCUUGAGGAACAGCUCAUCACAGAAUUUGAAGGCUUUUCUCGAUGACAAGAAAAGAAAGCGCGAAGCCAAGGCCUUUGAGGCGAUGGCCAAAAGUGACAAGGAGGACAAAGACCAAAAGCAAACGGAGAACAAGCGCGAGAAGAAGGAAUGCACAAAGAAGAACCAGAAAGAUGAGAAGAAGGCAGAGAAGAGAGAUGAGAAGAAGCCAGAGAAGAUUGAGAAGUCUGAGAAGAGAGAUGAGAAGAAGCCAGAGAGGAUUGAGAAGCCCGAGAAGAAAUCAGAGAAGAGUGCUGAGAAGAAGGCAGAGAAGAGUGAAGUGAAGAAGCCAGAGAAGGUUGAUGGCAAGAGUGACGCAAAGAGUUCUGAGAAGAGAGAUGAGAAGAAGGAUAAGAAGGAGAAGAAGGCGUCAGAGAAGAAGGAGAAGAAGCGUGAGAAGAGCGAGAAGAAAGAGAAGGAGAAGGCGGAGAAUAAGAAGAAAGAUAAGAAGAAAAAGGAUGAGAAGAAGCCAAACAAGGUUGAGAAGAAGGUGGAAGAGCAAGAGACAGAAGUGGAGAGUGAUGUGGUGAGAUCGAAGUCGAAGAAGAUCAAGUAUGUGCCAUGCAAAAAACGCAAGAUUGAGCACAUCUUUGAUUCACCAGGAUCUGGGUCAGGCUUGUCUGCCAAGGAAAAGGCUGAGAUGAGGCUCCAAGAGUUGCAAGACACUUUGGAGGCUUCAGAUGAAGAUGAUUCUUCCAGCUCAUGCCCUGCGACUGACUUGGAAGCCCAGCUUCUUCUUGAGAGCGAGGCUGAUGAGACUGACAGCGAGGCCAGUUCCGAUGUUGGAUCUGGUGAUGAAUCUGAUCAUGGCCAGUCAGCUGAAAGUGAGGAAGAAGAUGAAGGUGGAAGUAGUGACACUACAGCUGGCGACGACGACCAGGAUGCAGAUGAUGAUGAUGAGGAGAGCUCAGAAGAGGGCGAAGCAGACCCAAAGGCAACAGGCAAGGAAGAUGAGACAACAGGAGAUGCAAAGGGUGAAGCGAGUGAGGAGCACGCCCUGGUGCCAGUGACGAACCAGACCAAGUGCACGACUCUGGCUCUGCGGAAUAGCGUAACCCACAAACGGGAGUGGGAUACGUUUUGUCGCCAAGCUCGCACAAAGAUGCCUUUCAAUCUCUCUGAGUACUUCACCACGGCAAAGAAUGACCUGUUCAACAUGUGGGUUGACGCUGGGUGCAAUUGGAGCAAAUGUGCCCUGGAGGUGGAGCGGCGACAGGCCGAGAAGAACAUCUCAAAGCGGGCCUGGAAGGCUGUGCAGGGGAAAGAACUGAAGAAGCGGUAUUCAGAAGAGAAGUGGACCAAGGUCAAGGAUGCCCGCAAGUCCCAAGGCUUGUUUUACUGGGAUGAAGAUUUCCCAGAAGACGAGGAGGAGGCUUGGUACUUUGUCAGAGAAGGCAACGAGUUUGUGAGAAAGGAAGAGACUUCUGAAGCCAUGACCCUCAAAGGGAAAAGAGAUGUGGAUCCAGCUUUGAGGGAAGCCAUCACGAGCAAGGAGGAUGGCAUCAUGCCAGUGGGCGCCUUGCCAAAGAUGGAGGGAAUCAGCUCUCAAGGAUCUAAAUCAUUGAUGGAGGCAAUGGCAAAGGUUGCACCUGCUCCAAAGCGGAAGCCCAAGGAACAGCAAUCUGAGCCUGUGGAGCCUUUGACAACCGAAGGCAGAGCAAAAGCGCUCUUACAGGACAUGUUGAAAGAUGUGGAGGGGUACUACAAGAAGCUAUCGCAGGCUGUCAACGAGAAGGACGAAGAGGUGUUGAAAGGCUUGCUGGACAGGAUUUGUGGCAUCAUGACCGGCGGGGCCAAAGCGCAGGCUGCAGCGGCAGCAUUCUUGAAGCCCGGAAAGCAAAAGAAACCAAAGAAGAACUCGGGUGGAAAGAAGGUCAAGACUAAAGCAAAGAAGUGA